UCAACACCAUGUAGAAUUUGCUGAAAUUCAGCAGAUUCGCAUUGAACGACAUAAACCGAUGAAGUAUUCUUGUAGGAAUGUUGAAAGGAAGGGGGAUCUUGACUUUACAGAAAAAGUAAUGUCAGAUCUCUUCAAUGAGCGCUUACUGACCUGCUCACUGGAAUCCGUAGCUACAAACUGAAUGUAAAUAUUCAUGAAAUUAUUUGGGGCCUUAUACAAAUCAAAGGCAAGAUGAUACAAACGUAAGGGAUGUUAAUAAGAACUGGAUAAUUAGGCGAAGACUCUUAAUUAAGGAAAUCAUGCUCCAGAAAGCAAUUUUGUGGCCUGCCUGCUUUUUUCUGCAUGUGUGUAUUAUACACAUUGAAGUAAGUGAUGCACUUCCUCAGUAUGGUGUUGGAGUUAAGCCAUGUGGUGAGAUUAAGUGCAGUUUGUUUGAAUUUUGUGCCGCUAAACAUUCUCCCCACUGUCGGGAAUGUUCUGAGGUAUGCGCAGAAAAAGGACCUGCAACGGACCAUCAAACAUGCAGUGAGAAAUGUCAAGAGUACGUUUAUGAAAAGAAAUUUGAAGACUGGUACAAGAGGGUUGAUUCUGAUAUGAGCAGCUUGCGUAAGCUGUCACUCAUUGCUGUUGUGUUAGCAACAGCUGCAUUAUUAUUCAUUGGCUUCUUUCUACUGGUUCAUCUGAAUACUCGACUGAAACCUCUCCUCUUUGGCUUAUCAGUUACCAAAAAGAAGGCUUCUAGUACUGCAGCUGUCAUAAAUAGUGACAAAAACCAUGCCUCAUCCUCAGCCGCAAACUCCAAUCUCCGUUUGAUGGUACCAAAACCAGAUGAUCAAACAACAAUUACUGAUUUGCCAUCAGCAGGUGCAACUACUACAACUACUUUUGGGACAACCAGUAUUCCUUCUACACCUUACUGUGGCAAAAAUGGUGCUAUAACACCAGCUACAAUGUCUACACCACUCAGCACAAGACCUCCAAGGCACCCAUCUGAAGAUGCAACAUUAGAACAUGCUUAUGAUAACCAUGGACUUUCACGUUCUUCCGAGAAUGUCCUUGAUGAAUCUGUCUCACCAAAUGUGAGCAGAGCGAAAGAAAGUUCAUUUUAAAAGUGUUGGAGGUGCCAAGCAACAGUUAAUUGUGAUUUUGAUCAUCGUACUCCAGUAGUGUGUGGAAUUCUGAUUCACAGUCACAUGAACUUACUGAAUGGCACAGACAUGUAUCAAAUCAGUAUCUAUUCCUAAGGUAGUACUUGUAGUUCAUACAGACUAUCAAGCUAAUAACUAAUUUCAGAGUCUGAUGUAUUUUAAAUGCAAGACCAGUUUUUUACUUCCUCAAGGCAACUAAAAUUUAUUAGUUUGAUGAAAAAGCAUAUUUUUCCAAAAGUAUUGUGAUAAUAGUAGCAGUAAAAGGGUAUCAGGUAUGUUUGCGUAAAUCAUAUAUACUUCUGAAAUAUUACAUUGUCUGAGUGUAAUGGCAUGGUUACAUACUGAACUGGAUCUGCUUAUGAAGAUAGUGUGACUUGUGUGGUGUUAUCAUUCCUGUAAAUGAGUCAUAUUGCCCUUUGAUAUUGUUUGACGGUAUGGUGUAAACUGUGUGGGUGUUUAUGGCUUGUAAUUAUUGGCAUGUUACAGGGAAAAAUGAAGGAUUGUUUAUGUAUAUCAAUAACAGUAACAAUAUCACCAUUUGACUUCAGAGUAGGAUUAAAUUUUACUGGGCAUACUGCUAAGCUACUUGGUCCAUUUUUUCAUAUUUGUGUAUCAUGUAGUUCACAACUGUAGAGCAAACUGCUGUUAUAUAGAUACAUAAGGUAUAAAAUGUUACAGAGUAAAUAUAGAAGUUCCAUGGUACCUUUGUGAUGAGUAAACAAUCUACUCAUGGUGAAGUUAGCACAGAACUUCUCUAGAAAAGUGUUUUCCUGUUGCUCUGCUUGCUCAACAGUUUUCCUAAACCUCAGUGGUUCAUUCUUUCAGCAGCCUGCUCUACCUUGAAACUCUCAGAUUUCCCUUCUUCUUAUGUUAUUUUCCUAACUAUGGAGGAUUUAGUGUGUUUUCUAACACCAUGCUGCAUCUCGCAGCAUUCUUUGCAGUAUAGGCUAU